AUGACCGGCGGUGUUUUACUCGGCGAACCAGAGCCUAAACCAGCCAUGAAUUCCCCCAGAGGCCAUGGCAGGCUGAUUCAUCUCUUCAACCAUGCUCGAAACAUCGGCGUCUUCCUCUUACCAAGCUUCAUAACCCAAGGUUCAGCCCUGAAAGAUAGUCCACAGGCACGACCAUCAUAUUCCCCAACACUAUAUCUCGAUGGACUUCGUGGACUCUUCUCUUUUCUGGUCUUCCUUCGCCACUUUCUCUUACCUUGGGAUGAAGGUCUCGACACUGGGUUUGGCCAAAAUGGCAACAUGUCUUUUAUGAAGCUCCCCAUUAUCAGACUUCUCUAUGCUGGACCUACAGUACCUAUCUUCUUCAUCGUCUCGGGGUUUGUGCUUGCGUACAAGCCACUUAAACUCAUUCACAAGAAAGACUACAGCGCUCUCGGGUUGCACACCAUGUCUUCAGUGGUGCGUCGACCAUUUCGACUGUUUUUGCCUCCUUUGGUUUCAACAUUCAUUGUUGUAAUUGCAGUGAGUGUUGGACUUUACACGGCUCCGUACCAAGAUAUGCCGGGCUGGGUACCCAGACAUCCAGAGCGACUCAGGUCAUUGUGGGCGCAGAUUGGUGAUUGGAUGCGUUUCGUGGUCGUUGACCUGACGCAUCCAUGGAGUUGGAAAUCACCAAUGUCAAAAUAUGACAGCCAUCUAUGGACAAUUCCGAUCCAGUUUCGCGCCUCCAUGAUUGUCUAUCUCACACUUCUCGCUUUGGCGAGAGCCCGCGUCUGGGUUCGCGGUACAGCACUCCUCUUCUUAUGCCUGUAUUCACUUCAGCAGGAAAGAUGGGAGAUGUAUCUAUUCUUCGCUGGAGUCUUCCUCGCCGAGAGGAGUCUUCAGAGACACCAUGAUGGAGGGGCUCUACCGGCCGACGGCGGCGAGUCUGCCAUGAAUCAACCUCCAUUACAGCCUUCAGCUUGGUCGGGGCUUGUCCAGAAAUUUGUAUUUCUGUUCGGACUAUACUUGAGCUCAUACCCUCGAGCCAGAAAUGCUGGUUUUUCUACACCUGGCUACGUUUUGCUAUCAUCACUGACAGAUCGAUACAUCUGUUGGCAAUCCUACGCUUUGGCUGACGUCGCCGCCAAACCUCCCCUGUCAACUUCGGCUUCUGCCGGCCGCUGA